GGUGGUCCCCCUUAUGUUUUCAUACAAACACAUGUCUCCCCCUUUUUCGACUCUGUUCCUAUCUGCAAUCUUGGACCUACCACUACUUACAUUCCAACGGGUUAUGAAUCUAUUUUGUUACAUAGAUGACAUGAUCAUCACUGUAAUAAAUGAAUUUAUUUUUAUUCUUCUUAUUGGUUAAAUAAAUGUAUACAAUAUGAACUCUAAUAUCCUCGUGUCUUAGAAAAAUGAUGAAAAAAUUCUUUCGACAAUUUUUAAAGAAUAGGGUCAAAUUUCAAGGGUCAGUUUGCUUACUCUUAAGUCGUCCGACACAAGUUACUGUCUCCCCCCGAGAGGUUGCAAAGAAAAAGGGGUCCCCACUCUACAUACACCCCUACUCAUUCGUCUCCUUUGACUGCCUUUUGUACGGCGGUCUUUUUUUAUUGAUUUUUCUCCAAAUUCCUAUUUUAUACUUUAUUAUUUGUUAUGAAAAUGAAACUGGAACGAUAGUAGCUUCAUUCAUGCUGCUAGGUUUCCGAAAAACGGUCAAAAUGACAAUCUUCAUAAUAUGACUACCAACAAAAAGCUUGUACGCCGGUGUGGAAAAAAUCGGUACAAAUCCGAAAUAAAAACCGUAUAAGACGGUCCACAUCGGCAAAAUUCAAAGAAUGUAUGAAACCUCUUUGAUGAUUCAUACCUCUAAGCAAAAGCCAAGGAAAUUACAGAAAUGUCUUCACCGACAUACGAACCUAACGGCACGGACGAAUCUCCAAUCUUAUUGGAUUAUGAAGAGUCAAUGGACGGAGAUCCAACAGAAGACAUAACAAAAGCUGAAGAAGACGAGCUUCUGAAAGAAGAGCCGACAAAAGAAAAGACAGUGGAAACUCCAAUGGAAAAACUGGUCAAGGACAGAGUCUGGAAAAUCAUUACUCUAGACCAAUGGUCACAAGAAACAGUAAAGCUCAUCAAGGAACAAUUCAUAAACAAAAAUUCAAUAUAUGAAGGAUUGCCGGAAAUCACGACAUUGUACAGAACUCUCUGUACUCUCUUGAUUCUUAAAUUAUUAUUAUCUUUGUAAUGGUUUUACUACAGUAAGCCACAUUAUUGUAUUACACACCCCCAUCCACUUGAUUGUUUAUAUUAUAAUCUCUCUCCUUCCCGCCAUCACCAACUCCGCCCCCUGACCCCGAGGCAGCAGAUGUCCAACCUUCUAAUCCAACCAUUCCAAUAACGAGUGCGAGUGACCCUUGCACAGACUGAACACCCUCAACUCUUUUCCCAAUUAUCUUGUAUUUUCUUUUCUUUAUAUUAUUCAAUAAACAUCAACCACACAA